AUGUGGGGUGAUGUAAAGCUUGGAUUUGACAGUGCCACUGGAACAGAGUACCUUGAGUAUAAUGAACGCCAGACAAAAACUCGCACUGGUAUUGAUCCGUCCAACAUCCGCCGUCAAAAGCCAAGAAUGUACGCAACAGGAACUGACAGAUGCCCUGUGGAAACAUAUAAAGUCUAUGCUAAACAAAGACCUGAAAACUUCUCUGGAGAUGAAGACCCAUUUUACUUGGCUGUGGUCACACACACCAGAACACCUGCUGUCAAGGAUCAAUGGUUUCUACGUGGUCCGAUUGGAAGGAAUAAGCUUAACAACCUGCUUAAAUCCAUGGCUGCCAAAGCUGAUUUGCCUGAGCUUCAGUUCGGAAAACGCAUUACUAACACCUCUGUCCGAAAAAGGCUUUGUCAAAAACUACUUGAAAAUGAAGUUCCAGACACACACGCCGUCCAUGUGACAGGACACAAAAAAUGCCAGUUCACUGAAUAACUAUCGUGCUCUGACCAAUGUCCAACAGAAAUCCAUUUCAAAUCUCUUGGCAACGUCUUCAACAGCAAAUAUCCAGACUAACACCGCUGUAAAUUCAAGCAGUCAAAGUGUCUCUAACCACUCUGCCUUCGUGGCUCUGCCAGCAAAUUGCGCUUUUAGCCUGUUUUCCAGCACAACUAUAACUGGAGGCACCUUCAAUAUUACUUUGCAACAAUCCAACGGCAAUGAAAAUAAAUAACUGACCGUUGCUGACAUGAUAAAUCCUUGUGUUAAAGAUGUUUAGCCGUUUUCUGUUUGUUCUCGUUCAAGCAAAUUUCACAAAGAUGGCGACUUCAGUUGAUAAUGUGGAUAUCUAGGUCAUCACAUGUCGCCGAUGUUAAAUCUGUUCACAAAUGACUUGUUAUAAUCAAAAUGAUGUUAUGUAUUUUUGAAAGGUUAUAGAUUUUUUUGUGUGUUUAAAACGUGUUUUAUUUCAGCAUAUGUCGGAAAUAAAGAGAUGAAAUAUU